AUGCCUGCGCCGGGAUCCGCCUCGUCCAUCGUCGCGGGCACGGUCACGGGGCACCACCUGCUCCACAUCGAGGGCCACUCGCGCACCAAGGAGGAGCUCCCCAACGGCAGGUGCGUGCAGUCUCGCCCUUUCACGGUCGGAGGUCUCUCCUGGCGCGUCUGGUACUACCCCAACGGCGCCCAACCCGAAUGCGCCGAUUACAUAUCCAUCUUCGUCUGCCUGGACGACAGCACCGCCGCCGCGGAGCGGCCGGAGCCCUUCAGGGCGCGAGCCAGGUUCAGUGUGCUCGACAGGGAUGGAGAACCGGUGCCAUGUCACACCCACACCACGGAAGUGCGCGAGUUCUCCGGCGAUUCCACCGGGUACGGCUUUGACAGGUUCGUGAGGAGGGGAUUCCUGGAGAAAUCGGAGCAUCUCAAGGACGACUGCUUCACCAUCAGGUGCGACAUCAUCAUUUCUGAGCAGCUCCGGACGGAGGACCGGGCCGCUGCAUCUCCGCUCACCCCGGUGCCUCCGUCUGACAUGCACAGACAUUUCGGUGAUCUCCUUGUGACCCAAGAUGGCGCCGAUGUCACAUUCCAAGUUGCCGGGAAGACAUUCAGGGGCCACAGAUGCAUUCUUGCGGCCCGGUCUCCAGUCUUCAAGGCAGAGCUCCUUGGCGCGAUGAGAGAGGGCAGUGCUACAGGGGCCUGCGUCCAGAUUGGUGAUAUGCUACCUGAAGUCUUCAAGAUCUUGCUGCAUUUCAUAUACAAUGACUCGCUGCCGGAGAUGGAGGGGCAAGAGGAGGCUGUGCUGGCUCAGCAUUUGCUGGAAGCGGCCGAUAGGUAUGAUAUGCAGAGGCUUAAGCUGAUUUGCGAGGACAAGUUGUUCAGGCACCUAGACGUGAGCACAGCCGCAACAACGUUGGUGUUGGCUGAACAGCACCACUGCCAUGGGCUCAAGGAGGCUUGCAUUGAGUUCCUUAAAUCUCCUUCUGUGCUGGAAGCGGUCGUGGCAACUGAUGGCUUUGAGCAUCUGAGUAAAAGUUGCCCUGCUCUUCUGAAGGAGUUAAUGUGCAAGCUUGCUGCCCGUUGAUUCAGCAGAAGUAAUUUGGAGCACAGGUCUAAGGCUUCAGUAAUGAUAAUUGCAGCUGUCUAGGAAGAAAUUGGUAUCUGAGUUGUCGAAUAGUAGUUAGAAGUUUUUUUUAGAGGUAGUAGUUAUAUGUGUAGUCUCAUCCUGAAAAGCUUCCAAUGUAGCUCCGAUUUCUUCUGGUUCGUGGUCGUAUCAUUUCUGGGGAACUUG